UCUGUCAGUUCUGGGAGACGGAGGAAAAUGGCCGCCGGGCGUGGUGCGGGCGAGUCGCAGAACGCCGGCGUCUCUGCCCUGCCCGUCCUCUGACAGCGCCUGCGGCAGAGCGGGCCCUUUGCGCCCGGGCGGUGGACGCCGUCCUCGGGCAGCCUGUGAGACGGUAUUGGAAUAAAGCUAAUUACAGCUGUCUGUGAAAAUGUCAGUUCUGAUAUCACAGAGUGUAAUAAAUUAUGUAGAAGAAGAAAACAUUCCUGCUCUGAAAGCUCUUCUUGAAAAAUGCAAAGAUGUAGAUGAGAGAAAUGAGUGUGGCCAGACUCCAUUGAUGAUAGCUGCUGAACAAGGCAAUCUGGAAAUAGUGAAAGAGUUAAUUAAGAAUGGAGCUAAUUGCAAUCUGGAAGAUUUGGAUAACUGGACUGCACUUAUAUCGGCAUCAAAAGAGGGGCACGUGCACGUUGUGGAAGAGCUGCUUAAAUAUGGGGCUAGCGUGGAGCACCGGGAUAUGGGAGGUUGGACAGCUCUUAUGUGGGCGUGUUAUAAAGGCCGUACUGAAGUGGUCGAGUUGCUUCUUUCUCAUGGUGCCAAUCCAAGUGUUACUGGUCUGCAGUACAGUGUUUACCCAAUCAUUUGGGCAGCGGGGAGAGGCCAUGCAGAUAUAGUGCAUCUUUUACUGCAAAAUGGUGCUAAAGUCAACUGCUCUGAUAAGUAUGGAACCACCCCUUUGGUUUGGGCUGCACGGAAGGGUCAUUUGGAAUGUGUAAAACAUUUGUUGGCCAUGGGAGCUGAUGUUGAUCAAGAAGGAGCUAAUUCAAUGACUGCACUUAUUGUGGCAGUAAAAGGAGGCUACACACAGUCAGUAAAAGAAAUUUUGAAGAGGAAUCCAAAUGUAAAUUUAACAGAUAAGGAUGGAAAUACAGCUUUGAUGAUUGCAUCGAAGGAGGGACAUACAGAGAUUGUACAGGAUCUACUUGAUGCUGGAACAUAUGUGAACAUACCUGAUAGGAGUGGGGAUACGGUGUUGAUUGGUGCUGUCAGAGGUGGUCAUGUGGAAAUUGUUCGGGCACUUCUUCAAAAAUAUGCUGAUAUAGACAUUAGAGGACAGGACAAUAAAACUGCUUUGUAUUGGGCUGUUGAGAAAGGAAAUGCAACAAUGGUGAGAGAUAUCUUGCAGUGCAACCCUGACACUGAAAUAUGCACAAAGGAUGGUGAAACUCCACUGAUAAAGGCUACCAAGAUGAGGAACAUUGAAGUGGUAGAGCUGCUGCUGGAUAAAGGGGCUAAAGUGUCUGCUGUGGACAAGAAAGGAGACACUCCUUUGCAUAUUGCUAUUCGUGGGAGGAGUCGGAGACUGGCAGAACUGCUUUUAAGAAAUCCCAAGGACGGUCGAUUACUCUACAGGCCUAACAAAGCGGGCGAGACUCCGUACAACAUUGACUGCAGCCAUCAGAAGAGUAUUUUAACUCAGAUCUUUGGAGCCAGACACUUGUCUCCUACUGAAACAGACGGUGACAUGCUCGGUUAUGAUUUAUAUAGCAGUGCCCUGGCAGAUAUUCUCAGUGAACCCACCAUGCAGCCACCCAUUUGUGUGGGGCUAUAUGCACAGUGGGGAAGUGGGAAAUCCUUCUUACUAAAGAAACUAGAAGAUGAAAUGAAGACUUUUGCAGGACAGCAGAUUGAACCUCUUUUUCAGUUUUCCUGGCUUAUAGUGUUUCUGACCCUGCUGCUUUGUGGAGGGCUUGGUCUGUUGUUUGCUUUUACAGUCGACCUAACUCUUGGAAUAGCCGUGUCACUGAGCUUCUUGGCUCUCCUAUAUAUAUUUUUUAUUGUCAUUUACUUUGGUGGACGGAGGGAAGGAGAGAGUUGGAAUUGGGCCUGGGUCCUCAGUACUAGAUUGGCAAGACAUAUUGGAUAUUUGGAACUCCUCCUCAAAUUGAUGUUCGUGAAUCCACCUGAAUUGCCAGAGCAAACUACUAAAGCUUUACCUGUGAGGUUUUUGUUUACAGAUUACAACAGGCUGUCCAGUGUAGGUGGAGAAACGUCGAUGGCUGAAAUGAUCGCGACCCUCUCAGAUGCUUGUGAAAGAGAGUUUGGCUUUUUGGCAACCAGGCUUUUUCGAGUAUUCAAGACUGAAGAUACACAGGGUAAAAAGAAAUGGAAGAAAACGUGUUGUCUUCCAUCUUUUGUCAUCUUCCUUUUUAUCUUUGGCUGCAUUAUUGCUGGAAUCACUCUUCUGGCUAUAUUCAGAGUUGACCCAAAACAUCUGACAGUGAAUGCUGUCCUCAUAUCAAUUGCGUCUGUAGUGGGAUUGGCCUUUUUGCUGAACUGUCGUACGUGGUGGCAGGUGCUGGACUCUCUCCUCAAUUCUCAAAGGAAACGCCUCCAUAAUGCUGCCUCCAAACUGCACAAAUUGAAAAGUGAAGGAUUCAUGAAAGUUCUUAAGUGUGAAGUGGAAUUGAUGGCCAGGAUGGCAAAAACUAUUGACAGCUUCACUCAGAAUCAAACAAGACUGGUGGUUAUCAUCGAUGGGUUAGAUGCCUGUGAGCAGGACAAAGUUCUCCAGAUGCUGGACACUGUCCGAGUUCUGUUUUCAAAAGGCCCAUUCAUUGCCAUUUUUGCAAGUGAUCCACAUAUUAUUAUAAAGGCAAUUAACCAAAACCUCAAUAGUGUGCUUCGUGACUCAAAUAUAAAUGGACACGACUAUAUGCGCAAUAUAGUUCAUUUGCCUGUUUUCCUUAAUAGUCGUGGACUAAGCAAUGCGAGAAAGUUUCUUGUAACUUCAACGACAAAUGGGGACAUUCCGUGCUCAGAUACUGCAGGGAUACAGGAAGAUGCUGACAGAAGAGUUUCACAAAACAGUCUUGGAGAGAUGACAAAACUCGGUAGCAAGACAGCUCUCAAUAGACGGGACACUUACCGGAGAAGGCAGAUGCAGCGGACGGUCACUCGGCAGAUGUCCUUUGACCUCACAAAACUGCUGGUUACGGAGGACUGGUUCAGCGACAUAAGUCCUCAGACUAUGAGAAGGCUACUUAAUAUUGUUUCUGUGACAGGGCGAUUACUCAGAGCCAACCAGAUUAGUUUCAACUGGGACAGGCUCGCUAGCUGGAUCAACCUUACUGAGCAGUGGCCAUACCGAACUUCAUGGCUCAUAUUAUAUUUGGAAGAGACUGAAGGUAUUCCAGACCAAAUGACAUUAAAAACUAUCUACGAAAGAAUAUCAAAGAAUAUUCCAACAACUAAAGAUGUUGAGCCACUGCUUGAAAUAGAUGGAGAUAUAAGAAAUUUUGAAGUGUUUUUGUCUUCAAGGACCCCAGUUCUUGUGGCUCGAGAUGUGAAAACCUUUUUGCCGUGCACUGUAAACCUAGACCCCAAACUGCGGGAAAUCAUUGCAGAUGUUCGUGCUGCAAGAGACCAGAUUAAUAUCGGAGGACUGGCGUACCCCCCGCUCCCCCCGCUGCCCUUGCAUGACUCUCAUCCUAGACCCCCGUCAGGCUACAGCCAGCCUCCGUCCGUCUGCUCUUCCUCCACAUCCUUCAAUGGACCAUUUGGAGGUGGGGUUGUGUCACCACAGCCUCACAGCAGCUAUUACAGUGGUAUGACAGGACCCCAACAUCCCUUCUAUAACAGGCCAUUCUUUGCCCCAUACCUUUACACGCCAAGGUAUUACCCUGGCGGUUCCCAACAUCUCAUCUCACGUCCAUCAGUAAAAACGAGUUUGCCCAGAGAUCAGAGCAAUGGCCUAGAGGUUAUCAAGGAGGAUGCUGCUGAGGGGCUUUCUUCACCCACAGACUCCUCGAGGCCGUGUGACUCUGGGUUUAACAAACAGAGACAGGGAUCAGGCCCAGCCUCAGGAACAGUAUCACUGAAUUCAAUGAGUGUGGAUGCAGUAUGUGAGAAACUGAAACAAGUAGAAGGGCUGGACCAGAGUAUGCUGCCUCAGUAUUGUACAACAAUCAAAAAGGCAAACAUAAAUGGCCGUGUAUUAGCUCAGUGUAACAUUGAUGAGCUGAAGAAAGAGAUGAAUAUGAAUUUUGGAGACUGGCAUCUUUUUAGGAGCACAGUACUAGAAAUGAGAAAUGCAGAAAACCAAGUGGUCCCUGAAGACCCACGUUUACUUAGUGAAAGCACCAGUGGCCCGGUCCCUCACGGGGAAGCUGCUCGCCGUUCUUCCCACAACGAAUUGCCUCAUACCGAGCUUUCCAGUCAAGCUCCCUACACACUGAACUUCAGCUUCGAGGAACUGAAUACACUUGGCCUGGAUGAAGGUGCCCCACGUCACAGUAAUCUAAGUUGGCAGUCACAAACUCGCAGGACCCCAAGUCUUUCGAGUCUCAAUUCUCAGGAUUCCAGUAUUGAAAUUUCAAAGCUUACUGAUAAGGUGCAGGCCGAGUAUAGAGAUGCCUAUAGAGAAUAUAUCGCUCAGAUGUCUCAGUUAGAAGGGGGUACAGGUUCUGCAACAAUUAGUGGCAGAUCUUCUCCACACAGCACAUAUUAUAUGGGUCAGAGUUCAUCAGGGGGCUCCAUUCAUUCUAAUCUAGAACCAGAAAAAGGAAAGGAUAGUGAACCAAAACAAGAUGAUGGAAGGAAGUCAUUUUUAAUGAAGAGGGGAGAUGUUAUAGAUUAUUCAUCAUCAGGGGUUUCCACUAAUGAUGCCUCACCCCUGGAUCCUAUCACUGAAGAAGAUGAAAAAUCGGAUCAAUCAGGCAGUAAGCUUCUCCCAGUCAAGAAAUCCUCAGAAAGGUCCAGUCUCUUCCAGACAGAUUUAAAGCUUAAGGGAAGUGGAUUGCGCUAUCAGAAACUUCCAAGUGAUGAAGAUGAAUCUGGCACAGAAGAAUCGGAUAAUACUCCACUGCUCAAAGAUGAUAAAGAUAAAAAAGCUGAAGGGAAAGUAGAGAGAGUGUCAAAGUCUCCAGAACACAGUGCUGAGCCAAUUAGAACCUUCAUUAAAGCAAAAGAGUAUUUAUCAGAUGCCCUCCUUGACAAAAAGGACUCAUCCGAUUCAGGAGUGAGAUCCAACGAAAGUUCCCCCAAUCACUCUCUUCACAAUGAAGCAGCUGAUGAUUCCCAGCUCGAAAAGGCUAAUCUCAUAGAGCUUGAAGAUGACAGCCACGGUGGAAAACGGGGAAUGCCACAUAGCUUGAGCGGCCUGCAAGAUCCCAUUAUAGCUCGGAUGUCCAUUUGUUCAGAAGACAAGAAAAGCCCUUCUGAAUGUAGCUUGAUAGCCAGCAGCCCUGAAGAAAACUGGCCAGCAUGCCAAAAAGCCUACAAUCUGAAUCGCACACCCAGUACUGUGACUCUAAACAACAACAGUGCUCCAGCUAAUAGAGCCAAUCAGAAUUUCGAUGAAAUGGAGGGAAUUAGGGAGACUUCCCAAGUCAUUUUGCGGCCUGGUUCCAGUUCCAACCCAACUGCUAUUCAGAAUGAAAAUCUAAAAAGCAUGACUCAUAAGCGAAGCCAACGUUCAAGUUACACACGGCUCUCAAAGGAUUCUUCAGAGCUCCAUGCGGUGGCCUCUUCUGAUAGCACAGGCUUUGGAGAAGAAAGAGAAAGCAUUCUUUAAGGAAAACAAGCAAAAGUAGAAUAGUAUCACUAUACUCUAUGACAAAAUUGACCUGAGUUCUAUGCACGUCACCUUCAUACAUUUCAUUCACAAAUAAUUAAUGGAUGAGAAGGCUUUGGUAAAGAGGCAUAUACUGCACAACAGAGGAAAGUAUAAGAAAGGAUGGUUCAUCAGUCAGCCUCCAUUGUCUUGUAAUUAGAAGCUUGAAAACUCACUAUUGUUAUUAUACCUUUCAUUGGCACUCCUCCUAAAAUUUUUUGAGACAAGAUCUGAGUAUAAAGAUAGGCCAGAAAUAUUAAAGAUAAAGGCUUAAUUUGCCACAGAAAAUAAAAAGCUUAGAGACCCCCUUUGUAGAACAUUCACUCAUCAAAUAUUUGAGAGAAGACAUGGUGUUAGAACGGACACAAAUUUUGCUCUUGAGGGGUGAAAGAUAAGAAUUUACGGGUUAUGGAGUAGCCCAGAGACUAAAGGUACAUGCUCUGUCAGUUGAGAAACAGUGCUCCAUAUAAUAGACAAAUUGCUUAUCAAAGAGUUUUUAAGUUUUAAGUAGAAAAUAGAUGAUAAAGAGAGCUUUAAAAAUUGAUAAGAAAGUGAGUCGGCAGUGUCCAAACUAGAGUCCCAGUCGCUGAGCCAUUGUGAGCUGCUGGAGAGUGGCCUGUGGGAGGGGCCAGUAACCUUCCUGUGACCCGGAUGCUCUUCUCUCCAAAUCCCAGACCUGGCGUCAGGCCCCAUCCACCUGCCAAGGAACCCACUCUUGGCUACCCUGUAACUCUUGAAUUGUGUGCCCAACUUUUGUUAGUGAACCUAGUACUGAGAGGGAAAAAACAGGAACUCUUUCUCCAGAGAAUCAGGGAGACAUGAGUAGUAAUAAUAGGCACUAAUAAAUAUUUAUGGAAUGAGAGAAUGAGGAAAUAAUUAUAUCCUGAAGGUCAGUGACAAUUGACAAAUGACAAGGAAAUAUUUAAUUAGGUGAAACUAAAUCAUUGCUUUCUUUCGGGGGGCAGAGUUUAUCUACUUCAUCUGUUCCUAAAUCAGCCUGUUAAUUCUGGGGCACGAUCAUAGGAAAGGAAGUGCUUCUUUUGAAAAAAGUUAAAAAACAUGUAACAAAGCAAGGGUAAAAAGAAGAUAAAACUGAUAUGACUUUCCAUUUAUUGUUAGCAGAGUUGAGAGAACGAUCACAUUUCAGUAGUGUGUGGACUAGGAAUGUACCCUGUCAUCAUGCAUUGAAAAUUGUUUGUCAUUUUAACGUAGCUUACUUAUGUGAAUUAAUUUUGGCAGUAUAUCCUCAGUCACAGAUCAGAUUGUAGAUGUGUGAUUACCUAAAUUUAGUGUUACAUUUACGAUGUUUAUAACUUAAUGGAUUUUUACUAAUAUGCUGAAUAAAUUAUUUAUUUGACCAGUCAUUGCAAUAAAUAGUUGCUUUCUUGGGUUUCAUUGUCUUGAUGUUUGAGUGUAAUCUAACGUCUUUAUAAAGUGUUUAUUUUGCAUGACCUUAAUAAAUUGUUUUAACCAAUUAAGAAAAAGGCAGGAUGUUACAGACAUUAUAUAUUGAAAUGUUAAAAUUUUAGUAUUUAUAGUGUUUAUUAGUUUGCAAUAUUGUAGAAUUAGUAAUUAUUUCAGAGGCAAUAUUUUUUUCCUUUUCAGGUGAGUAGAUACAGCUUAAUAUCAUUGUGGUACAUUCUUUAUACUGUUUGUGAAGUUAAUACUAGAGUAUUAAGUGUACGAAUAGAUUUAGAAAAAAAUAAAAAAUUUGCAUGCUA